AUGAGCCCUUUGUGGGCUUGGAGAAAUCCUGCAGCAAUCCGAAUAAUCCUGGCCGUGGUCUUCCAGAAAUUUCUGAAGCACCAGGAACUCCGCGCUUCUUUCGCACAGGCAGCCGGGUCCUUCCAGGAAUCUUAUGGCCCGGAUUUGCAGCUCUUACUCUCCUCCACCCACCUCCCGGCCGCCGAGACCAAAUCUCAGCGCUCGCCUGCUUAUUUCGGGUACCCACAACGUGGUCUCAGCGUCAUGGCGGCUCCAGGGAAGCCCCAUCACCAGGAGAUGGGAAGAAAAAGCCUCUUGUCAAGUCUUGCCAGGCUUGCAAGGAGAGGCGGCUGGCACGGCGCAUCCGGGCUUCCUGCCUCGUGCCAAGUACAGGUCAAAUGA